AUGCCUCACACUCAAAAAGACAUCUGGUGGAAAGACGCUACUGUCUACCAAAUUUGGCCUGCUUCUUACAAGGACUCCAACGGCGAUGGAAUUGGUGACAUUCCAGGUAUCAUUUCCACAUUGGACUACGUGAAGAACUUGGGAACCGACGUGAUUUGGUUGUCUCCAGCCUAUGACUCUCCUCAAGAUGACAUGGGAUACGAUAUUUCCGACUACGAGUCUGUUUACCCAAAGUAUGGUACCAUGGAGGACAUGGACCAAUUGAUCAAGGAGUGCCACGACAGAGGCAUGAAGCUCAUUUUGGACUUGGUCAUCAACCACACCUCGUCUGAGCACCAGUGGUUCAAGGACUCCAGAUCUUCUAAGACAAACCCCAAGAGAGACUGGUACAUCUGGCAACCAGCCAAGUACGACGCCGACGGCAACAGACAGCCACCCAACAACUGGUCCUCUCACUUCUCCGAGAGCGCUUGGGAGUGGGAUGAAGGCUCGGGCGAGUACUACCUUCACUACUUCGCCAAGACCCAGCCAGACUUGAACUGGGAGAACGAGGAGACUAGAAAAGCCAUCUAUGCUUCUUCCAUGACCUUCUGGUACGAGAAGGGUGUCGACGGUUUCAGAAUUGACACCGCCGGUAUGUACUCCAAGCAGCCAUCAUUUGAGGAUGCUCCAAUUGUAUUCCCAGACAGAGACAUUCAACCUGCCGGCAUGUUCACCGACUCUGGUCCAAGAAUCCACGAGUUCCACAAGGAGAUGUUCUCCCAAGUCUCCUCCAAAUACGACUCCAUGACUGUCGGUGAGGUUGGCCACUGUUCUUUGGAGGACAAAUUGAAGUAUGUCAGCGCUAAGGAGGGCGAGAUGAACAUGAUGUUUUUGUUCGACCUCGUUGACGUUGGGUCUGGACCCAACGAUAAGUUCGACUACAUUGGCUACGACUUGGUUGACAUCAAGAAGGCUGUCGAUAACAUGAGUUCUUUCAUCAAGGGUACCGACGCAUGGUCCACAGUUUUCAUUGAGAACCACGACCAAGCCAGAUCGAUCACCCGUUACGGUAACGACAGUCCAGAGUUCCGCGUCAAGAGUGGUAAGUUGUUGGCUACCAUGCUCACCACCUUGACUGGUACCCUUUUCUUGUACCAAGGUCAAGAGAUUGGUAUGACCAACGUUCCUCUUGAGUGGGAUUUGGAUGAGUACUUGGACAUUUGUUCCAUCAACUACGUGAAGAAGUACGGUGGAUCCAAGACUCCAGAAGAGUUCGCACAAAUGAAGAAGAACAUCAACUUGCUCGCCAGAGACAACGGCAGAACCCCAAUGCAAUGGGACGACUCUGAGUACGGUGGAUUCUCUACUGGUAAACCAUGGAUGAGACCCAACGAUAACUUCAAGACAGUCAACGCUGCAUCUCAAGUCAAUGACCCAGACUCCUUGUACAACUACUACAAGAAGGCAUUGACUGUCAGAAAGGAGCACAAGAAUGCCUUGAUCCACGGUGAGUUGGAAAUCCUUGACUACGAGAACAAGCAGGUCUUCUCUUACCUCAAGGUCGGUACUACUGAGACCGCCUAUGUUGUUUUGAACUUCACAUCCUCGGAUGUGAAGUUCAACAAAUUGGUCGAGGGCGACAUCGAGUUGGUCCUCACCAACCAAGACAAGUUUAGAGAGGGUGUGUUGUCGCCAUAUGAGGCCAGAGUCUACACUGUGUCACAAUAA